UCGUUCCGCAUCGCCAGUCAGUACAGGGUUAAAUCUAGGGCAAUCAAUUCCCUUCUUUUUCGAGAAUAGCGUCAUUCGUCGUUAAGCUCUCGUCGCGUUAAAACGUUAGUUUGUCCUUGAAAUUAGAAUGCUGGUUUACGCUAUUGCAGCUAUUUUGGCAGUUUUUGUAUAUUUGAAGUUUAUUCGUAGAUCUCCAGAAGAUUACGAGAUACUGUCGAAAUAUUAUGGAGAUAGAUGCUGGACCAAGGAAGAUGAAAUUGUUGAUACCUCCAUCCGACCCUUCAAGAUUGACGUUAGUGAUUCAGAAAUUGAAGAUUUGAAUAAGAGACUGGAUAACGUGAGAUUUCCUUCUCCAUCCCUUGAAGACACAAAGUUCACAUACGGUGUUAAUCAAGAAUUCAUGAAGAAAUUUGUCGACUAUUGGAGGAAUUCAUAUUCAUGGAGAGAACAAGAAAAAUAUCUCAACAAAUAUCCUCAUUUUAAAACAAGAAUAGAGGGACUAGAUAUUCAUUUUGUUCACUUCAAACCUAAAACAAUGUCAACUCUAAAUCAGCCCAGACCUUUGAUGUUGCUGCAUGGAUGGCCAGGAUCAUUUCUGGAAUUUUAUAAAAUGAUCCCAAUGUUAACUGAUCCAACUUCACAUGGUGGAAAUGAGACUGACUUGUUUGAAGUUAUCAUACCUUCAAUACCAGGAUAUGGAUUUUCGCAAGCUUCAGAAAUCCAAGGUCUGGGCAGUCUGAAUUGCGCAAGAAUAUUUCACAAACUGAUGCUGAGGCUGGAUCACAAGAAAUAUUAUGUACAAGGAGGAGAUUGGGGCUCUGUGAUAGGAAGUAACAUGGCCAUGCUUUACCCAAGUGCUGUUAAAGGAUAUCAUUUCAACAUGAUAAAUGGUGGUCUGAAUUCAUUGACAGUAGUGAAGAUGUUGAUUGCCUCUUUUGCACCCAAUCUCUUUUUUGACAAGGAAGAUGUCAAAGCUAAUUUUCCUGUAAAGAAUCUAUUUAUAAAGUUAUGGAAAGAAUUUGGAUAUCUUCAUCUUCAAGCAACGAAACCAGAUACUGUUGGAUUUGCUUUGUCUGAUUCCCCUGUGGGACUUGCUGCUUAUAUAGUGGAAAAAUUUGCUGUUUGGACGGAUCCUGAUAGUGUUGACAAUGAUGAUGGCAAUAUUCCAAAACACUGGACAUAUGAUGAACUCCUGAAUAACAUCAUGAUCUACUGGCUUUCUGGAAAUGUCACUUCAUCUCUGAGAUUUUACAAAGAGACAUUUAGUGAUUUAAUGAUAACUAGAGACAUCAAAGUUCGAGUUCCUGCUGGUUUUGCUGCAUUUCCUAGCGAGGUUUUUCAUGGAAUGAAAUGUGACAUAGAAUACAAAUGUACUAGGCUUCUCUCUUACACUCGAAUGAGGGAGGGAGGUCACUUUGCUGCAUUUCAAGUUCCCCAUGUGUUGACAGAAGAUUUUCGACAGUUUGUGAGACAAAUUGAGAGGGUCGAUCUGAGAGAAAAGAUGGAUGAAUCCGAGUUUGCUCAAGAGUAUAAGCAGACUCAACUUGAUAGAUUUGAAACAAGCUGAACAUCCAUGGUGUCUACUGAAAUUAUUGAUGCCAGAUUUUAUUGUGAUUUUGCAGUGUUAAUUCAAUUAUUCUUAUGCAAUUGUGACAAGUUCAAUACUUUGUGGAAAUCGAACCCAAGGAUUGAUUAGUGGUACUAUUUCCCUAAUUUAGCAAUUUUUCACUUUUUCAUCAGCUUUGUAGUGUGUUCAACAUAUGGCCAACAUUCAAGAAACUACUAUUAUUAUUGCAAACGUCUAUAUCAGUUGUUUUUUCACACAUUUUUGAUUUGGCUCAUUUUAAGAUAACAGAUAUAAACAUAGAAUCAAGUUACAUAUAAUCAAUGGCACAAAGGUUCCUUGGGAAUUUCGAAUGUUUUCCAUGGUUCUAUUCCACCAGAAAAAUUUGAGAACCGCCAGUCCGUAUACUAGAUUUGUUGUCCGUUUGCUGUGAAAUAUGUUGUUUCAAUGAUCUCCUCGUGAAUAGACGUGAGAAUUCACUAUUUUGAUGUGUUGUGAAUAAUGUUCUAGUUAAUUGAAAUCAUUGUUUGAUAUAUUGUAUGUGUUAAUUUCGUUGAAAUAGGUUACUUCAUUUGU